AUGACCAAUGGAGAUUAUUAUAUUGGAGAAUGGAAAAAUGAUAAAAAUGAUGGAAAAGGAAUAUAUGUUCAUUCGGAUAAAUCUAGGUAUGAGGGAGAAUGGAAAGAAGAUCAUCUGCAUGGUCAAGGAAAGGAGAUCUGGGCUGAUGAGUCAGCUUAUUUUGAAGGGUAGUUCGUUAUGGGAGUUAAAGAAGGAUUUGGAAUUUAUAAGUGGGCAGAUGGGUCAAAUUAUGCUGGCGAAUUUAAGAACGGGUAUUUUAGUGGAUAAGGAGCUUAUUUUUGGUCAGAUGGGAGCAGGUACAAUGGUUAAUGGUCGAAUAAUAAGAUGAAUGGAUAUGGAGAAAUGAAUUGGGAGGAUAGGAGGAAAUAUAUAGGUAUAGAUUAAUCAUGA